UUGGGGGCGAGCUGGAGCUCAUAGUGACACAGCGGCAGCUGCAGAGACAGAAUGUCAGAAGGUGAUAGUGCUGGAGAGUCGAUCCAUGGGAAGCCGUCCGCCAUUGCAAGCUUUUUCACACGGCUUGGCCAGAUUUACCAGUCAUGGUUAGACAAGUCAACACCGUUCUCUGCUGUGCGGUGGGCAGUCACUCUCAUUCUAACUGCCAUCUACAUGAUAAGAGUGUAUAUAUUACAGGGCUGGUACAUAGUUACCUAUGCACUGGGGAUAUACCACCUCAAUCUGUUCAUCGCGUUUCUGUCACCAAAAGUGGAUCCCUCCCUACUGGAUGAUUCAGAUGAAGGCCCUUCAUUACCCACUAAGCAAAACGAAGAAUUCCGGCCUUUCAUAAGGAGGUUACCUGAGUUCAAAUUCUGGCAUUCGGCGACAAAAGGCAUUGUCAUAGCAAUGAUCUGCACCUUCUUCGAAGCCUUUAAUGUUCCCGUUUUCUGGCCAAUACUUGUUAUGUAUUUCAUCAUGCUUUUCUGCAUCACCAUGAAAAGGCAGAUUAAGCAUAUGAUCAAGUACAGAUACCUGCCCUUCACACAUGGGAAGAGGACUUACAGAGGCAAGGAGGAUACAGGGAAACCUUUUGCUAGUUAAAAUUCCCCACUUUGAAAUGACAAAAGUAAAUUAAAUCAAUAAAAAAGUAAAUGGGUAAGGGGGUGGGAGUUGGUUUAAAAUAUAAUAAUAAUACUAAAAACAGAAAUGGAAAAGAGUUUUGAUCCACUGUGACAGUGUUAGGCAGAGGGGAAGGUUGAUGAGACAGGUCGAUUGAUUCUCUGAGCAGACGUGGCCACCUUUGAUAAAAAAGAAUAACCUGUGUGUGAGUUUUGGAGCAAAUGCCAUUUGGAAUGUUUUUUUUUUUUUUUUUUUGUGGAUGAAUGCAGUGUUUUUUUUUUCCUUUUUUUUGCCUUGCGGUGUGGUAAUGAAUGUGUAGUUACGUUCAGCUAUGAAUUGCAAGGACUGCCCCCCCCCCACUGCUCUGCUCAGUACUGGUGACACUAUUCUUCCUGCAACAUUCAGGGAUCAUACAGAAUAAAGCUGCAUUUUUACCCAUAAACCCCGGUAAAGUGGUGAUCCACCCAUUCUGGCUUUUGUUAUUUUAUUGACUGAAAACCCAUUCAUCUCGAAGAAAAACAAUAAUCCUGUUAGAUCUCAAUAUGUAUGAGUCUACUUGUUGUUAUCUAUCGUGUCUGUUAAAGGUUUUCAGAGUUGCCCAUAAUCUCCGAGUACGGAUUUUGCCUUUCAUGAUAGGUUAAAGCUAAUUUCGCCGGUUGGCUCUGUAAUAUAGCAUGCCAUUGCAGGUGCGGGUGGCAGACAGCGUUGUUUGCGGUCCUUCAGAGUUCGUGUGAAUGUAGGCUUUUCUACCAUGUGUCAGCACAUGAGCGUGGGCAUUUAUUUAAGGUAUUGCAGCCAGCGCAGACGUCCAGUGCCAAAUCAGUGGAUUAAAGCAACUGAAAGCCACAAUCAUCUGUUUCCCAUGUAGCCCCUUAGAAUGUUUCAGCUCAGCCAGCUAAAUGCCCCCGAUACUUCCCACAACAGUACAUGUUAGCUUAUAAAUUUGAUUUGUUGGGAUUUCAGCUCCCACUUGAUAAGGUUUAUUCUUAAUCCUGGAGAGGUAAGUUGAAACCGAUAGACGUAUGGAAAACUAAGCUUGCUAAUAUGUUCAUUUUACUGCACAAAUCCCUUCAUUAAGCAGAGCAUUCCCUUCUAGGGUGUGUAAACUCUUACCUUGGAGUCCUAUCUGAUGUAGAAUGCAUGGUGUUCCUUGUGACCAGAGACUUCUUUUUUUUUUUUUUGCUUAUAACAACAGUUUGACCUACCAAAGAUCUCAGUAGGUUUUGCUUAACUAGUUUUCCUUGAAAGCUUGGCCUUUGAUGAGUUAGUCAGCCGUGUAGACAUACUUGGCUAGGGGUCCAUUCCAGCAUAGUACACAGUCAUGGUCUGCUUUUAAUCACAAGUUAUCUUCAUUUAAAAAAGUAGAAUCUAAUCAUUCCAGAAAAAAAAUAUUUUUCCUCUCUUUCUCUCUUCCUUUGCAGAGCAAACAUAAGAAAAAGUUGAUGUGCUUUUAAUUGUGGGGUCUUGCACAUUGAUGGAGAGGGAUGUACACAAGUUUUUUUUUUCCAUUUUUUGGGGGGCAUUUUUACUACAGGAUUUGUGAUAUGAUGGCAAUGUUGGUAUUGGAGUGCUCGCCACUGUAGUGAAGGAUCAAAACAUUCUUUUUCCUGUGAAAGUGCAUCGUUUUCAAAGGGUUAUUUUGAGUAUUUCUAUAUUUUGAAGGUGGAGUACUUUGAGAUUAUUCUGAACACAUUUUCUUUGAAGAUAUCAUUUCCAGAUGAUGAAUUUAUCAUGUCAUUAAAAAAAGAAAUAGAAAUUCAAUACUAGCUUUAUAAAAUGUUUCUCAAUUGACAAAAUUUGC